UACUUUGUAACUUUUAUACACGUUGCAUACUUCUCUUAAAUCAUACAAAAUUUGAGUGUAUCUAGGAGCAUUUGUCUAUAUACACUAACUAUUGGCAAAAAAAAAAACUUAUCAUAUUGGAAACAACAUAAUUAUGUCGGAAAAGUCGCACAUUUUACAUAAUAGUGAAAAGGUGCGCAAUUCUGGUUUCAAUGAGCAGAGUAACUUUUACCGUUCAGUAGAUAAGGAUUUGAAUGCUUGUAAUAAUAGUUCCAUCAGUACAACAAAUGAUGAUUCCAGUUCCAGUAACAGUGUCUCCAUUAACACAAGAGAAGCAAAAAAUGAUGCAGAAUCUACGAACGUUACUGCUGGUUUCCUUUUACUCAAUGCAACAGUAGGUAUUGGUAUAAUAAAUCUUCCUGAAGCAUAUCAAAAUGUAGACAAUUUAGCGAUAGCUAUCAGCAUUCAUUGCAUUCUUGGUGGUCUUUCGUUAAUUUCAAUGUUAAUUGUGGCAUAUACCACCGAUAAAACCCAAAGAUCAAGUCUUCAAGAUAUUGUGUUUGAUUUCUACGGAGAGAAAUAUCGUACGUUGUCAUCUGUAGUUAUCUUUGUUAGUCUAUAUUUUUACUGCACCAGUUUAAUAGUAUUGAUUGGGGACCAAAUAGAAGAAUUACUGCCGGUAUUGCAGCAUUUCUGUAUAUUAGCGUAUUGGUUUUUGUGAAAUAUACACAACCACAUUCAGCUCCUGGUCCAGUUGAAACGUCAAAUGAAAAAAGUAAAGCUAUCAUAUAUUUCAUUAUAGAUGUUGUGGGUUGCUACGAGUCAGAAGUGAGUUCUGUUCCAAUCUACUCCAGUAUGAAGCAUCGAAAUUUGCGGUCAUAUUCCAAGGUCCUGUGCGUAGCUUUUGCUCUCGCUACGUUCUUUUACAUGUUGCUGGGCAUUUGUGGAUCAUUGACGUUCGGCUCUCAUGUGCACAGUGAUAUCCUCCUUUCAUACAGAAA